AUGGUCUCCUUCCCGGAGUGGACCACCCACCCCAUCCCCGGUGUCUCGCUCUCCGCCGGCGGUCUCCUAGCCCUCGCCGACCUCAGCACUGUUGCCCAACGCACCGCCAUCACCGGCGGCUCCAGCUGGCUCGAUAGCCUUCUCCUCGCUCCGGGCCUGCACUAUCAACAAGCUGCUGAUGAACUCAUCAAGUGGUCCGCAUCCAGCGCUACCGCCGUUGUCGAUGCCGGGACUGGGCCUGAAGCUAGUGUUGAUGUGACGGGAGGAGGUAGCAACGGGCAAAGUGGGAAUCCGAGACAGACAACCUUCCGCAUCAACAAUGCUGCCACCAUACUGUACCUCCAAAAGAUUGCUCGUCCAGGACAAACGGUCACUUUAGACGUGGGCACCAUCCCGGCUAUCAGACAGCGAUUACGCAUCAGAAGGUCGGAAAGCGGCUUGCAUGCCACGGUGUGGACGGUAGAUGACUUGCCUGAUCUGGGGUGGCUGUCGCAUGUUUUGUAUCUGAUCAGCCCGGUUUUGACGAUAGCGGCUAUCGUGCUGGUGAUUCUGUUUCAGGAUUGGUGGACCCUCGCCGCCCUCCUGGCCCUGAUGCUCUCCCGCAUCCUCAACAUCUACAUAAUCAAACAACGCUCCAAACCCCGUCCGUUACCUUCUCCGCCAUUCCCGUUCCAUCCCUUCCACCCCCCCUUUCCUUCAUCCCACUCCCCUGAUCGCUACGCACACAAACCCGCCAACCCAAUAACCUCCCUCCUCAUCUCCCUCUCCGACGACACCCACCCUUGCUCCAUCCGCCUCCGCGGCCUCUCGGAAGACCUCUACGCUAUAAUCGCCACCGCCUGGCUUCGCUCAAAGACCCAUGUAGAGGGAUACCUCGAAGCCACGGCAAAACUGCUGGUGUACAUGGUCGCUGCUUUUAGCGGGAACAUGACGCAGGUCGGAGCCAUGAUCAUGAUGGUCUUGUUGCUGGCUACGGCGGGGCUGCUGGCGUUGAGUAAUGCGAAUGCCAAGAUGUUUAGGGUUAAUGGAAGGGUGGUGGUGGGGGAAGGGGAGAGUGUGUUUUUGGGGGAGGAUGGGGGGGAUGGUGGUCAGGCUGGGAAAGGGAAUGGGGUGGGUGGUGGUGGUGGUGGUGAGGUGCAGCAACGGCAACGAAGGAGGACAGGCGGGUUGGGCCCGGGAGUGUAUCCUGUUGCGAAUAGAGGGGAUGGUGGUGUUGGGUAUGGGAAUGGGAAUGGAAACGGUAAUGUGUAUGGGAAUGGGAACGGGUCGGGGAACGACAACGUGAUUGAUGCGUGGCCAAACGCAAGUGACACGGAAGGAGGAAGAGGUUAUGUUGCGUCGGAUAAUAAUUGGGCCGAAAAGGGACAGGCAGCUGGUGGUGAUGGUGAUUAUGGUGGCAUGUAA